CUCUUCGCACCCUCUUUUUUCUUCUAGCCCCUCUUUUCUGAAGAGUCGGCUGGCGGGACUUCCGGUUUCCGCCUUUUUAUUCAUUUUCUCAUUUGCAUUUACUACGGUCAUGGGGUCUUGUUGGGAAUGUGAUACCUUGUUUUUCGGAAAUGGCAGGCGGAGGAGGAAAUGGAUGGGAAGGAGAAGGAGAAAAAUUCCGAGCUGGUUAAUUCAAAGUGGAGGAGGAGGAAGCGCUGGUAAAGAAAGUGUGUAUGGUUUUUCUUCGCAAAAAGACAAGAACGAGUCUUUUUUUGAUCUACUAUAUCAAGACUCCGAAAGGUUUUUUUACUUCAAGCUACCUAACAAAAAUGGGAAAUCCGUGUGCAUUAUUCAAUUUUUUUGUGCUUUUGUCUUUCUAUUGCAAUUGAAAUGCUGAUGGCGAUGGUGAUGUCAUUACUAGUAUUUGGCUUUGCUCGUUAUCUUUCUUUCGUUGAAACAAAAUCCAUCGGGAUCCCGCGUUUUUCUUCCUUGUAUUCUUGAUCUAAACUCCUCCCGCAGAUAGAUUAAAGAAAAAUCCAC